UUACACAGCGCCUGCCGCUAAGCUGCCUUGAAGAGAGCAAGGCAAGAGCCCUGCUGCCCGCAGAGCUGCUGGAGCACCCACCACCUCACCAGACCCUGGUACAUCCACUGCGGUGGAUCCGGAGGGAGGGGAGAGGGAAAGGUUGAGAACGUCAGGUACGGGAUGGCUGCGUCACCAGCGGGGUCGGUGGUGAGCACCGGGCUGGAUGAUAGCCCCACGGGGCUGAGCCCAGCCCCCGGCAAAGCGUUGAGCCCUGUGCUGCUGUGCAAAGUGUGUGGGGACACCAGCAGCGGGAAGCACUACGGCAUCUAUGCCUGCAACGGAUGCAGUGGCUUCUUCAAGCGCAGUGUCCGCAGGAAGCUCAUCUACAGGUGCCAGGCGGGGACAGGGCUGUGCCCAGUGGACAAGGCGCACCGCAACCAGUGCCAGGCCUGCCGGCUCAAGAAGUGCCUGCAAGCCGGCAUGAACAAGGAUGCCGUGCAGAAUGAGCGCCAGCCCCGCAGCACAGCCCAGGUCCGGCUGGACAGCAUCGAGCUGGACACUGAGCUGCCUCCCGAACACGUGGCCACCACCCGUGAGGUCCCCCAGACCCCCUGCCCGGCUCCCCGUGGUUCCGGUGCCACCGUUGCUGUCACUCCGGGUCCGCAAGCACCCACGCCACCCACCAAUCAUCGCUUCAUGGCCAGCCUGAUGACGGCUGAGACCUGCGCCAAGCUGGAGCCUGAGGAUGCCGAUGAGACAGUGGAUGUGACGGGCAGCGAGCCAGAGCGGGCAGCUGGCGAGUACCAGGUGGCACCAUACCCAGCAGCUAGCCCCGAAAACGUCUAUGAGACCUCAGCACGUCUCCUCUUCAUGGCCGUGAAAUGGGCCAAAAAUCUGCCCGUCUUCUCCAACCUGCCCUUCCGUGACCAGGUGAUCCUGCUGGAGGAAGCAUGGAGCGAGCUGUUCCUGCUUUGUGCCAUCCAGUGGUCCAUGCCCCUGGAGAGCUGCCCGCUGCUGGCUGUCCCCGAGCCGGCCCCUGGCAAGCUGCUGCCGGCCACCCUGGACAUCCGGGCGCUGCAGGAGACCCUCAGCCGCUUCAAGGCUUUGGCUGUUGACCCCACCGAAUUCGCCUGCAUGAAGGCCGUGGUGCUCUUCAAACCAGAGACCCGUGGCCUGAAGGACCCCGAGCAGGUGGAGAACUUGCAGGACCAGUCACAGGUGAUGCUGGGCCAGCACAACCGUUCUCACUACCCUGGGCAACCCGUCAGGUUCGGGAAGCUGCUGCUGCUCCUCCCGGCACUGCGCUUCAUCUCCUCUGAGCGUGUGGAGCUGCUCUUCUUCCGCCGCACCAUUGGCAACACCCCCAUGGAGAAGCUGCUGUGCGACAUGUUCAAGAACUGAACCCCCCUACCCCAAAGUCACCCGGCUUGUUUGUCACCUUGCUUUGGCACCCUGUCACCCCUACCCAGGGUCUCCUCGCCCUGGGAUGCUGCAGGGGGUGAAGGUGCCCUGUGGUCCCAACUCCAGGACUAUGGGGUGGUGCUGGCAGCUGGGACAUGGGACCAGCUUCCCUGGGGAUGUCCCCAAGUGAGUGCCAGGUGCACCGGGAGCACCUCAUUGGGGUGGGUGCCUCGAUAGGUGCCACUGUCCCAAACACUGGAGGAACCCACGGACCCAGGCAAGGCGCCCUUACUGGGGCACCAGCAUCAUGGGGACUCGAUGGCACCCAGGGGUGACACCAGCCUGGGGUUGACACUUGCCUGGGGAUGAUGCCAGCCUGGGGCAUGACACCAGCCCAGGGGUGACAGGGGCCAAGGGCGAUGCCAUCCAGGGCGUGACACUGGCCACAGGGUUGAUGCCAUCCUGGGGUUGGCACUGGCCAGGGGUGACACAGGCCCAGGGUGACCCCAGCCCAGGGGCCAUGACCCCAGCCCAGGGGCGACACCAUCCUGGGGCUGUGUGCCCCCUGCAGCCACAAUCACUGCCCCUCACUCACAGGCCCCGGCCCCCCCCUCACCCCCAACAUCUGCUCCAUGAUCCCAGGGGACACGUGGUGGCAGAGACUUGUCCCCGUGUCCCGGGAGAUCCCACUCCCCCAGCCCCACAAUUUUAUACUCCGAAUAAAGAGGGCUUUUGCAGACA